AUGGAUGUGUGUGAACCUGAGCAAGCAUUACAGAAGCAAUCUACGGCACAGCCAACCAAAAGGCAGCCAUUAGUCCCAGCCGAGAACAAGAACAAGAAUGGACCUGCUUUUCGGGCACAAGCCCGUGAAGUUAGUUCAAGGCACAGAUCACCUACACCAUCCACGGCCAAACGCAACCCUUCCCCAAACACCACCCCAUCGUCCUCAGUCUCGUCCCUGUUGGCUCCGAAAAGGGCCUCAUCAGCCGAGAAAAAACGGCCCUCCCGACCAUCAUCCCCAUCGACACCUAUCCAGGAUACAUCGGCGGAAAUGAUCUCGAGAAAACUUGUUGGCAACAACAAGUUCCCAGAGUCUUUAUGGCCUACCACUAUGCGGAGCCUUAGUGUUUCUUUUCAGUCCGACACUUACUCCGUUCCUGUUAGCAAACGAGAAAAGCCUGUUUCCCAUACGCUUCCGGAUCGAACUCUGAGGCUGUCUCCAAAUGUUGCUCACAGACAACAGGCUGAGAAUUUGGGCUCAAGUAAGCGCACGCUGGAACGGAAGAGGAGCCCGCUUAAGGGGAAGAAUUUCCCCGACCAAUCUGAAAAUUCUAAACCCGUCGACAGUUUAUCACAUUCUCGUUUGGUAGAACAACACAGAUGGCCGAGCAGAAUUAACGGUGAUUUGAAUAGAAGCAUCGAUUUGGGUGAUAAGAAUGGCACAAGUCCGAGGCUGUCCCGCUCAGGAAGUGGCACCUCUUUCCUCAGGAGAUUAUCUCUUGAGAGUGGGGCAACUAAGCCUCCACACAAAUCCACAAGUGAUUUGCUGAUGCAGUUAUCACGUGAUGAUAGUGGAAAAUCGGCUUCGAGUGGAUGUUCAGUGGAUGAAAGUCUACUUCAGGCGCAAAAGCCGGGACCUUCGAGUUCAUCUGAUAGGAUGCAGUUGGUGAAAGCUGCAGCUAGGGCCUUGUGUAGCCCAUCAAGAGGUUCACGGGCUCCAUCACCAUCCAUGUGCAGAGGGGUCAGCCCUUCUCGAGGGAAGCCUGUUAACAACCCUUCCUCUAGAGGCUCCAGUCCAUCCCGUGGAAGACCGUCCAGCCCUUCCAGACAACCUCAAGGCCCUUUGGCUUCUGUUCUUUCUUUCAUAGCAGAUAUUAAGAGUGGAAAGAAGGCCGCGAACUACAUAGAGGAUGUCCAUCAGCUGCGGAUGUUGUACAACAGACAUUUGCAAUGGCGGUAUGCGAAUGCCCAUACUUGCGCUGCCUUGCAGUAUCAGAAAAUGAAAGCGGAGAAUAUGUUGUACAGCGUGUGGAUUAUAACUGCUGAUCUUUGGGACUCUAUAAUGGAGAAAAGGAUGGAACUCCAGGAGCUUAGGCUCAAGUUGAAGCUUGACUCAGUUUUGAACAAUCAAGUAAAUUCACUUGACGAGUGGGCUUUAAUCGAAAGGGAUCAUGUUAACUCGUUAACCUGGGCCAUCCAAGAUCUGCAGGCAAGCACGAUUCGUAUUCCAGUCACUGGAGGAGCGAGGGGAGAUGUUGAAACUGUUAAAGCGGCAAUAUGCGCUGCUGUUGAUGUUAUGCAGGUGAUGGGAUCCUCUUUGUUUUCCAUACUUUCAAGGGUGGAGGGGAUGAACAGCUUGGUGUCUGAACUUGCUAACUUGGUGGCACAUGAGAGAGCUGUGCUCGAUGAAUGUGAAUCAGUUUUGGGCUCAACAGCUGCAAUGCAGGUGGAAGAAUACAGCCUUAGGACCAAUCUGUUGCAGAUGAAACAAGCAUGGAAGAAUGGGGAAUCGUCUGUAUACGGAUAUUAA